ACGUAAAAAGUCUCUAUCAUCAUCCUCACAACACAUAUCAUCAAUGCAAGAAAUAUGAACACCUUGGAGAACACGUUUCAAUUUCUCGCAGAAGUAUUCGAAGCCAAUGGUGGUUGCCUUGUCACAGAACGUGUCAGUCCAUCUUUGUCGGGAGCCAGCAAACGAAAAAGUCGACCGGUGAAGAGGAUCAUCACUGAAGACGAAGUAAUCCCAGAAGAAGAAGUGGUCGAAGAAGAGGAAGAAGAGAAAGUUGAACAGCCAUCAGAAGAAGUAACAUGUCCAGCAAUGCAGGUAGAUGCCACGGAUGCAAUUCUGGCAUCGCUCAGGCAAAUAGCGAAUAAUGAUCUCAGUGAGCACUGUAUCAGAGAAGACGAAGGCAACACGUCAGCUGAAGUGUUCUCAAACGGAAACGGCGAAGACAUGGAACAAGCCGGCCUUGCGGGUACUGAUUUAUUACGGAGAGUUGCUGAUAUGUUACAAGGAAAUCAUAAUGGCUCACUUAAUUCGCAUUUCUUGCAACAGCAAUUCGCGGCGUUCAAAGAAACAGUUGACCCCACACCAGUUUCCACAAAUGGCAAUGGUCUUUUGACUCCGAUCACUACACAACUGUCACCACUUUUCACAUCGACUGACGCGUUCAAUUCACCUGAAAAAUUACUGCAAGCGAUUAUGACACCGUCUUUAGGAUUCCUUGGCGCAAAUGGUCUGGGUGCUUCAAACAGUGGACUUCUUUCUUCACCUCUGAUUGCUCCUAGUCCGACUCUUCUCCAAUCGUUGAUGAACACCCCCACACAACCGACGGCUUCCUUGACGCCUAAAAAAGCUGAGAAUCGGCCUCCAGUAGUGUCACAAACGUUGAAAGCUUCUAAGCGACGAUUAUUUGAUGAUACAUCAAGAAUUGAGGCGGCGAGCAUGAGCGGUGAUGAUCGGAUUGAUAUGAAUGAGCUGGAAGCAUUUGCACAGACGUUCAAAAAACAGAGGAUAAAGUUCGGUUUCACACAAGGCGAUGUUGGUGUUGCGCUGGGGAAACGAUAUGGCACCGACUUUUCACAAACAACCAUUUCACGUUUCGAAGCGCUGAACCUGUCAUUCAAAAACAUGUGCAAACUGAGGCCUUUGUUGAAGGAAUGGCUAGCAGAUGUGGAGAUGGCAAUCGAAGGUGGUGCAACUGUCACAGAUCUCAUUGACAAAAAGACAAUUCACAAUGGCAACCAUCACACCAUUCAUCACGUUGAUAUUCACGAAACAUCAAUCUCAAAUUCAAUCUCUUCUGUUACUGCUAGCAGUCUUCUUAGCAGAGAGCAGCAUGUAAAACGAAGGAGAAAGAGGACGAAUUUGGAUAUGAAUCAGCGAAAUGCUCUGGACACUUUUUUUGCGCUGAACCCACGUCCCGACCAUGAUAAGAUGACAGAUAUUGCAAACUCUCUAGAGCUCGACCGGGAUGUUGUAAGGGUAUGGUUCUGUAAUCGUCGUCAAAAGAUGAGAAGAGUCGAUGAGCCAAUUGAGGGAGAAAUGGUAACACCGUCUGUUAGUCCUGUCUUCCCGCAUUUUUCAUCUAUGAGUGCGCUGGAGCAAAUUCAAGAAGCCGCUAGGUUAGCUUCUUGUCAAGCCAGCAAUGAUGACAGUGACGGAACAUCCGGAAGCCCAGAUGCACCAUCCAAUGACGGCUGCUCGGAUCUAUAAACUCCAGUUCACUUGUUCACUCUCAAGUUCACUCUCUGUCCACAUUUUCCUUAUUCAUUACCUCAACAUUUUGCGUCAUUACGGUAAUCAAGAGCGUUCAAAGCAGUUCAAGCAGUUUUUUUUUCAAAUCUCUGCAUUCUUUCUUCAAAAUUCAAGCAUAACAUUUUCGAUUGCACACAUAAUUUCUCAUUUUCCCCCCAUUCCGGUUGACUGUUCUAUUGCCCGGUUUCUCGUCUGAUAGCAGUAUGUUGCAUUUACAACUCUUUUAUUCGCUUUUCAAAUACCAUAUGCUCAGGUUUUUUGUCCCGCUGUUUCUUUUUUCUUUCUGAUUCGCACGUUUGAUUUCUCGGAUCCCGUAGAACUUUCUAGCCUAAUAAAAUUAUUUUUUUUUGAUGUGCUCCACACAAUUGAGCAGCUUCUCAGAUGCGGUUAGUAACUCGAUUUUCAUGGUCUUUUCUGCCAUUCACCCUCACCUAAUUUCACAGCUUCUCUCGUUUUGACUAGUCAUCAAAACGAAUACACACCAUUCUUUUUGUACGCUGAAAGUUCAUGUUUUUCUCAGAGUGUUUUUGCCUUUUUGUGUAUCUAUGAUAAUUGUACGUUCCGGUGAGAUUUCUAGGUUGUUCAUCUCAUUCUUUCCCGAUAAUUGCUUGAAACCCACCGACACACUCCGUUUGAAUAUUCACCUCCCCAUUCUUCCUGGUGCAUAGUUACGAUAUAUUCAAUUGGAACUGCUGGUUUCGAUUUUUAAAACCCGGAGCUUUUCUUCUGAUAGGGUCAAUUUUUGUAUGUAACUUUUCGAGAACAGUUUUAUUUUUUCGCAUAAUUUUUUGAUAAAUAUUGAACACUUUC